GCACAUUGUAUUUACGGGAAUCUGAAAGAGAAGUGUAAUCGUUUUUCAGAAACGCUGCCUCUUACAAGUACGCGUCAGUACGCGGAGAGUUUCUGAAGCUAGUUCCUGUAGCAAAGCAGCCCGGCGCACCUUUACCUUUGACGUUUCAAGGUGAACGCCAGCUGCGAGGAGCGGGGUUUUUCGGAGCUCGGUAUUUCCUGCAAUUGAUCGGUUUGUUCCCGCGGUUGAACCUGUCGGUGCAGCGCGAUUGCCAGCAUUUUGUUUUGCGAUAAGUUUCAUGGGAAGGAUAAUUGCCAGCGGCUUCGACGAAGAGCUCGGAUCUCAGCCUUGAACUAACCGAUACAUGGUCAAAUGGCAGAAACUACAAAAGAAGAAGUAGAUGGCGGAAAUAAGGUUAAUGACCCACCAGAAUGGGAUGAGGAUACGACCAAGGGCUUGAAAAAUGGUGGAGAACAGAUGGAAAGUCUGGUCAAAGAGAAGAGUCUUGGAGUCUUGAAGACAUUCAGGAGGAGUUUGAAAGGGUUCAGCCCUAAGACACAGAAAGACAAAAGGUCAGAGAACACAGAUGACCAAAGCUCAAAUUCUCCAUUACGUCCACCACACUCUCCAAGUUUGAGCAGAGAAUCUCCUUCACAAUCUUCAUUCCAGGCUCCAAAGACUGAAAAAUCUUCUCUUACAAGAACUAUGUCAGAUUCUGCAGUUGAAAUAACAGGUUCACUGGCAAGGAGAGGUGCAUCGAUCAGACAGAGCUUGGGUCUGGGUACUAAAAAAUACAAACAGGAACCACUUGAACCUGUCACAGAGGCCAUGACUUUACCUGAAGAGCAAACCGAGGUCGUAGACAGAGUGCUGGAGCUCAGAGACACAUAUACUCUGCCAGAGAUACCUCAUAUGCCUUUGUCAGUGAUGGAGAUUAACAGACUAAUAGAGAAAGAACAUUUAGAAGAGGCCUACGUGAAUCUGUUGUCACUACGCCUGGAAUUUCAGCGGGAGCGUCAAGCUCUGGAGCAAGAAGACUAUCCCAUUGAAGUAGUCAAUAAAGAGAAAGACCUCGGCCUGCUCUGUGGCACACUAAAGAACAAAAUGUCUGCAAUUGUUCACAACUCCAGCGCUCUUCCCUUACACAACAAAGAGCUUCUGGUGUAUGUGUCAUACAUUAUCCUGGAGGAAGAGAAGAGACAGGGGGAGCCAGGAGCGAUGGAGGGAUGGAGGGAAGCGUGGAAAGAGGCCGUACUGAACGGGGUUCGAGAUACACUGAAGAAUGUUCCUCUGGACAGCCGCGAGCAGAACGCUUCUUGGCUGGCAGUACAUCUGGGGCUUCUGGGUAAAGCUGUGGUGGAGGAUUUGGAGAGAGUGAAGACUGAGCUUCUGAGCUCGUAUCCAGCAGACUUCAAUGUGCUUGAAACCUAUGUGUCCUGCCACCAUGAGGCUGUAGGGGAGCAUCUAAAGAGACUUCUGCUAAACGUGACCGAGCUGAAGGAUUACUACGCUCUUCUGGAUUUUAUUAUUCAUCGCUACCCCAGUGAGAAGAUAAUGGGAAGCAGCUCUCUGCAGCCUGAAUUGAAGGAGGAUCAGAGAGCACUGCCAUUGAACAAAGAUUUCCUUAAUCAGAUAAAAGACAAAUACUGUGCUCGCUUACAGGCUGACAUGAAAACAUCACUGAACAGAAUUAUUGACUUGGAGAAAGAAGAAAUGUGGAAUGAAAAAAGAACACCAGAGAUUGAUGAGGGAAUCUACAGCUCACACAUUGACAUGGACAUCUGGACGAACAUUAAAGGGCAUGUACAAGGAUCCAGAAGAAUCGAUGUGAACCUUGAGCAGAAGGUUGUGCGUUCAUGUUUAGAGGAACUGAAGAACUUUCCAAAACGGUUUGAGUCAGCGUUUGUCGAGUGGAGCAGUCCUCUCUCUAACUCCUUUCUCUGGGCCGAGUAUUAUAUCAGCUACAUCAACAGCUUCAGUGCCCUGAAAGAGCACAUGGAGAGCUAUAAAGACACCUGUCCGAUCCAGCUGGAGCUGGUUCAAAAAGAAAUAGACAGACUGACGAGCAGUUUGAGUCGAGCUGUGAUGGAGAACUUCAAAACAGAUGUCAAGCCCUUCCUCAGGAGACAAAUGACAGGGAAAUGGUUUUCAUUCGAUGAAGACUUUUUACAGCUGAUUCGCAGAACUAAGAUCCUUUCUGAACAAAUCAAGUGUAUGAUCCCAAAACAUAAACAGGCUUUUGUGAAUGAAGUUCACUUUUUUGUUGUGAAAGAAUAUGUAUCUCAGCUGAUGAAAAAUAACUACUUGUGCAAAAACAGGAAGAAUGAGACAGCUGCUACUAAGAUCAAAAAUCAGUGGGAGGAGCUGAAGGAGAUCUUCCGAGAUAUGAACUCCACCUUAGGCUGGCUCCAUCCAGUCGGGAACCAGCUGAGCGAUAUCAUUGGGUGCAAAAAAAGUGAUGUAAAAAAUAACCUAAAGCCAUUAGUUGAUAACUAUCCAGAUAUCAGGAAGGCUCAUCUCUCAGCUGUGCUGUACUUCCGAGGAAUUAUAAGAGGCAGGGAAAAGCAUAUUAUACUACAGCGGCUGGUAGAGCUGAAACAGAAAACAGGGAGCGCAGGGAAUAGAGAGCAGGCUCUCUUUAGUGAGAUUCAAGCAGCAGUUAACACAGACUGCCUGGCUGGUACACCCUUUUCCUGUAUGUCCUUCAUCGGCCCGGAGAGAUAAUGCACUUCGUUGAACUGUUUGAAAGUGACCGUAUGUCUAAUACACAGUACAAGCAGAUAAGGAAUGUUUUUUUUACUUUUAAAACAUUGGUGUCUGUCUGACGAAAAAGAUCAGGUAAAGAGGAGGCUACAGUGUUUUUAGUGUGCUGUGAACAUAAUUAUGCCAUUGAGUAAUGAUGAAGUACCACUAGACCUUAAAAUGUGAAAUCUUAGUCAUUCAAUGUAAAAUUGUCUUCAUUCAGAAAUUGCUAAUUUAUCCUGCUGAUUGUAACUUUCAAAACAUCUUCUCUAUUCCACCAGACGUCUCUACAAACAGCAAACAGCAGUGCACUUUGCAAUAUAUAUAUAUAUAUAUAUAUAUAUAUAUAUAUAUAUAUAUAUAUAUAUAUAUAUAUAUAUAUAUAUACAUGCAUUAUUAUUCUAAAUUACUGAUCAGUUUAAUAUUUUUCCUAAACAUUACUCAAACGUGAAGUGUUUUAAGAAUUAUUUGAAAACGUUAAUUUGGUUUUAAAUUAAUUUUCUGGAUUUCAAAACGUACUGUUUUUGGCCCUCUGCCGGUUGAAGCGUAAAACUGCACGCUGCUUGCGGAAGAACAUUGUUAUUGUAGUUAGUUGUGCUUCAGCGCGGAUGAAUCUGAAUCCGUGCUUACAGAUAAUCACUUUAUCAGUGGACCGUCACAAAAUAAAUAAAUACAUCUCAAAGAAAUAUCGGUGCCUGAAAAAUACAUCUAGAGCAGGAAAGCAGCUUAUAUACUUUUAAAAGAACUUUUAAAAAGCAAUGCUGACAUUAUUGCUAUUCAUAUCAGGUGAGGUAAAAUGGUAAACAUGGCUAGUAGGCUAUUUAUAUGCAAAUAGACAAAUGAAGUUUAUCUGGUUUAACUAGCCAUUGUGACUAAUAAAAUUAUUUUGUAAACCGG